GCACACCAGGGGUUCAGAGCUGAGUCUGUGCUCCAGAGAGCAGAGGUUUGUGCCGUGCUAGAAGUGACACAGACUGCUUGAAGUGAGAGAGAGAGAGAGAGAGAGAGAGAGAGAGAGAGAGAGAGAGAGAGAGAGGGAGAGGGAGAGGGAGAGAGAGGUGUGAUUCCUCCACCGUGACCCAGCUCUGCUGCACCCCUCUGUUGAGUGGCAUCCAUCGGCUUGAGAGAUUGAUUGAUUGAUUGUAACCAUGCUGCUGUUUAUAAUCACUGGUGUUCUUCUUUGCAGCCAGCAGUCAGCAUCCCAGCUGGUGUCCUGUUACUUCGAGUUUCAGGAGCAGACUGGUAAGUGCUCUCAGUUCCUGAGUGCCAAUGUGGAACAAUCAGACUGCUGCCUCAACCCUGCCUAUGGAUUCAUUGACAAAGCAGGGAAAUGCCAGUCCUGCAGGGCUGCACAGUGGAGUGCCUGGUCCUCGUGGAGCUCCUGCACCGUGUCCUGUCUGGAGGGAGUGAUGCAGCGACGCAGGGCUUGCUAUGGCAUCGGAGAAUGUGACGGAAAGGAGAGCCUGCAGACCAAGCCAUGCAUCGAGCUGGAGUGCUGCCCUGUGGAAGGUGGCUGGUCGGAGUGGUCGCCAUGGCAGCCAUGCUCGGUGACCUGUGAGAAUGGGGUGAUGAUGAGAAGGAGGAGCUGCUCUAACCCGCCCGCUUUCUGUGGAGGGGGUUGUGAAGGCAACAGCACUGAAACGAUUGCCUGCUACACCAACACAAUCUGCCCAACACAUGGAAGCUGGUCCUCCUGGGGGCUAUGGGGCUUUUGCUCCAGCUCCUGUAAGAAGGAGGGGUCCCAGGAACUCCCAAUUAAGCACCGCACACGGGCCUGCUCCAGCCCCCCUCCCUCCUACAACCCCCCUGGAAGGAACUGUUUGGGGCCCAGGGAGGAGGCUAAGGAAUGCCCCGAGCUGCCCUUUUGUCCUGAGGAUGGUUCCUGGGGCUCCUGGAGUUUCUCGGGUGUGUGUUCUGUGACUUGUGGACUGGGGUUAAGAGAGGAAAUGAGAGAGUGCAAUAACCCAGCACCCAGACACGGGGGAAGGCCCUGCUCAGGAAAAAACACACAACACCAGAUCUGCAACACCCACCUGCACUGCCCUAUUGAUGGCCAGUGGUCAGAGUGGUCUGAGUGGUCUGAAUGCGCUCGCCACGGCCGGAAGAUUCAAUGCAAGAGCCAUGCGGGAAUGCAGAGACGAACUCGGGCUUGUAAGGACAGAGAGUAUGACGGACGAUACUGCGACGGAGAUAUUGUGCAGAACCAAGCUUGUUAUAAUGUAAAGAGGUGCAAAUAUGGAAAAGGAAACUGGGCUGAAUGGAGUCCUUGGGGAUUCUGCCAUCCACCCUGUGGAUCAAAGGCUGAGAAAAUCAGGUCCAAAGUGUGCAAUGCUACCUACCCCACUGACUACCCGACUUUAGUGGGGUUAAAUAAAGAUGAGCCAGUGAGUUUCUGGGGAACCCCGCUGCAGAUGUGUGAGGAUGAGGAUAAAGAGACCAAGAACAUUGACCAAAAGGAACCAUGUCACAACGUACCAGACUGCGAUGACUACAGAGAAACCUGAUUUUGCUGUUCAGAUAACCUUCAACACCACUGAAAGACACUUUCCAGGAUUGAAACUGUGCUGUAUACUGAAAAGGAUUAGCUUUAUUGGUAUUGCUAAAAUGCUUAAAAAACUCACCAAGUCUCAGAUCAUAAAGUUUUUCAGCCCAGUUCGAUGCCGGUAUUUUAUAUUUUCAGUCUUUCCCCUCUGACACACACAAGUUGCUUCUGGGAGUUUGAGAUUUUUUUAAAGAGAGUUAUCCAAAAAAUGAAAAUUAAUUGUUUAUGUUAGCCCUUUAUUUUAUGCAUGACAUUGGCUUGAGCUCAUAUUACUGUUUUUCCUGUGACUGAUGUAUUUUCAGUGUCAUCCUAAUAUACCUUACCAUUUCAGUAUACCUUACCAUUUCAACAUACCUUACCAUUUUAAUAUACCUUACCAUGAUACUAACACCUCAUGUGCUUACCUAAAAACAUCUAGCUAAAUACCACUUGCACAAUUUUUAAUAAACUAUACAUUUCCA